AUGGAGACACAGGCGGAGUCCUUCCUCCAGGGAGGUGCUGCUUCAUACAUUGACGAGAUGUAUCAGUCUUGGAGAGAGUCACCAGAGUCUGUCCAUGUUUCAUGGAGGACCUACUUCCGCAACAUGGAGGAUAGAUCACGGUCACCCGCCCAGGCUGUCCAACUUCCUCCUGGCUAUCUAUCGCCUCGGGAUCCAGCUCUGCAGUCUCAAGUUCAUCCGUCACAAGGUAACCAAGUGACGGAUCAGCUAAAGUUGAGCAAACUUGUUACUGCGUAUCAAUCACAUGGACAUCAUGUCGCCAACAUCGACCCCCUUGGGCUUCGCAAGAAUGGCCAAGCACCUCACGCCGAGCAUCCGGAAGAGUUGAACCCCGCCUAUCACGGCUUCACCGCCGCUGACAUGAACCGGGAAUUCGCUCUUGGCCCAGACCUUAUGCCUCAUUUCGCAGCUCAAGGCCGCAAGUCGAUGACUCUCAGGGAGAUUGUGUCCGCGUAUGAGUCGGUGUACUGCGGCAACUACGGCAUCGAAUAUUCACACAUCCCAAGCGCGGAGAAACGCGAAUGGCUUCGUGAAAGACUCGAAGUGCCUACUCCUUUCAAGUUCUCCCCGGAUGAGAAGAAGCGCAUCCUGGAUAGUCUCAUCUGGAGCACUGGCUUUGAGCGCUUCAUUGCUACCAAAUUUCCCACCGAGAAGCGGUUCGGUCUUGAUGGCGCUGAGGGUCUUGCUCCUGGUGUUACUUCUCUUAUUGACCAGAGUGUCGAUGUUCACGGUAUUGAGGAUAUUGUGAUUGGGAGCUGUCAUCGAGGAAGGUUGACUAUGUUGGGUACCGUCUAUGGCAAGCCGCGUGAAGCCAUCCUCGCCGAGUUUUCGGGGCGAGUAACAGCUGAUCUUCCUGGAAUGGCUGGUGAUGUCAAGUACCACCUGGGACAUGAUGGUCAUCGCAUCACUCCUGAAGGCCAUCGCGUAUCUCUAUCCCUCCUCGCCAACCCAUCGCAUCUCGAAGCCGUCGAUCCUGUCGCAACUGGUUCUGCCUAUGCCACUCAGAAGCUUCGCGGUGACAAGGACCGCACUCGUGCCAUGUGCCUUGCCCUGCACGGUGAUGCUGCUUUUGCUGGUCAGGGAGUCGUCUACGAAACUCUUGGUCUCUCAAGACUUGACGGAUAUGAUGUCGGCGGCACCAUUCGCAUCAUCGUCAACAACCAGAUUGGAUUUACAACUGAUGCCGAGUGCUCGCGAUCCACUCCCUACGCCUCGGAUCUGGCGAAAUACACCGACUCGCCGAUUAUUCACGUUAAUGCCGACGACGUCGAAGCCGUCACUUUUGUUUGCCAACUCGCCGCCGACUGGAGAGCUCGCUUCCAAGAGGACAUUGUCAUCGAUCUCGUCUGCUACCGCAAGUUCGGCCACAAUGAAUUCGACCAGCCCAACUUUACGCAACCUAUGAUGUACAAGCAGGUCGCUGAUCAAACUCCGACAUUGGAGCUGUACAUCAACAAGCUUGUGCAAGAGGGUACUUUCACCGCUGCUGAGAUCGAGGAGCAGAGGAAGUGGGUGUGGGAUAGACUCAAUGAGAACUUUGAGGACAGCAAGACUUACGUCUCGGAGAGAAAGAACUUUCCGCCUGGUUGGGAUUCUCUUCCUUCGCCGGCUUCAUUAGCGGUUGAGAAGUAUCCUGUCACUCAAACAGCCGUUGAGCAUUCCACGCUCAAGUCUAUCGCAGACAAAGUCAACAGCGUGCCUGAAGGCUUUGAGCUCCAUCAAAGCUUGCAGCGCAUUCUUGCCGGACGAUUGAGCAGCUUUGACGAAGGUUCUGUUGAUUGGUCUACUGCCGAGGCAUUGGCUUUCGGAACCCUCUGUCUCGAAGGCCACUCUAUUCGUCUCACAGGUCAGGAUGUCCAGCGCGGAACGUUCUCACAGCGUCACUCUGUCCUACACAACCAAGCCACUGGCGAGACAUGGACGCCUUUGAACACUCUUUCUGAGGAGCAAGCCCCCUACGAAGCCAUCAACUCACCUCUUAGCGAGUUUGGUGCCCUCGGUUUUGAAUACGGCGUGACCCUCGCAGACCCAAACCCCCUCGUUAUGUGGGAAGCCCAAUUCGGUGACUUUGCCAACAAUGCCCAGGUGAUGCUGGACAACUUUAUCGUUGCCGGAGAAUCCAAGUGGCUGGAUCGGUCAGGCAUCGUUCUCUCCCUGCCUCACGGGUAUGAUGGCCAGGGUGCAGAGCAUUCGUCUGCUCGGUUGGAGAGAUUCUUGUUGAUGUGCAAUGAGGAGGGCAGAUCAUGGCCGAGUGAAGACGCCAUUGAUCGAGCACAUCAGGAUUCCAACGUGGAAAUUGUUUGCAUGACGUCGCCGGCAAACUACUUCCAUGUGCUGCGUCGUCAACUGAAGCGAGAAUAUCGCAAGCCAUUGGUCAUCUUCUUCUCAAAGUCUCUGCUCCGCCAUCCCAUCGCCAGAUCCGACAUCUCCCUCUUCACUGAUCCCUCUGCCACCUUCCAGCCAGUUCUUGCUGACCCAGAACACGAAGCCGGCGGAAUAGACAGUGAGGACAAGAUCUCCCGUGUUAUCUUCUGUUCCGGCCAAGUCUACGCCUCUUUGGUCAAGCACAGAGCCUCCAACGGCCUCCGCGACACAGCCAUCACACGUAUCGAGGAACUGCAUCCUUUCCCCUGGCGUGAAGUCAAGGCCAAUUUGGAAAAGUACCCCAACGCACAGAACAUCGUCUGGGCGCAAGAAGAGUAUUACAAUGGUGGAGCCUGGCAUUAUAUUCGAGAUCGUUUGGAGGCUGUUCUCCGCGAGUCGGAUAGUCUGUCGGCAAGGAGGGUGUUGUAUGCUGGAAGGGCUGUUAGUGCUAGCCCAGCUACUGGAUUGAAAAAGAGGCAUGAGGCGGAGGAGAAGCAGCUGCUUGAGGAUGCUUUCAGCGUUCAAGAAUAA